AUGUUAAAAUCGAUUGAGUUAUUAAAAAACUUGAGCCAUUUUAAGUAUCAUAGACAGUUUGAUUUAAAGUCUGUUUGGCCAUCAGAUCGUCGAUCUGCUGUUUUAGUGUUAUUGUUCAUUGGUUCCAGAGGUGAAUUGCGUGUUCUAUUGACGAAACGAUCAAGAAGUUUAAGGAAUUUUUCAGGACAUGUUUCAUUCCCAGGCGGUAAAGCCGACAAUGACGACGAAACAUUUGAAGAAGUUGCUAGACGUGAAGCUGAAGAAGAAAUAGGAUUACCAAGAGAUCCUUUAGUCCUAUCUGAAAAAUUUCAAAUGGCCAUUGAGAAUAUAUCCCUGGAUUUCCCAUGUUACAUCUCACGGACAUUACUUAGCGUAAAACCAUUAAUCUGUUUCUUGCAUAAUCAUGUUGGAGAAACAGCGUCCGAUUCUAUAUAUGAGAGUCCUCUUGAUAUAUCUAAAUUUUUUGGGAAGUUAAAUCCCGGUGAAACUUCCUCAAUAUUUUCAAUACCAUUAAAUGAUCUAAUCGCUGAUACAUUUCAGAAGGCUCUACAGUAUAUCCCUGAAUAUAUUAAUCAUAAGGAAUUCGUAGGGGAUUGGGGUGGUAUUGAAUGGGACAUCAGGCAUCUUUAUUAUCCAGUAAAUAAUCAAAAUGAAGCCAUUUGGUUGAAUGAAGUAGAGAGUCUCAGUUCAGAUGAAGAAUACCCAGAUAUGGGUAAAGUAAGAGAUGUUUGGGGUCUUACAGCUAAGAUACUUACAGAUAUAUCUAAAGUAGCUAAUGGAUUAAAUGUGGUAUCUCCACCAAAUAAAAGUGGUCAAUUACAUUUCAAUCAUGAAAAAUUGAUACAUGCAUUAUCUUAUUAUGGGAAACAAUUAGAACCUACAGGUAGAUCUGACUGGGAAAAACAGUUAAUAAGUAAUAACAAUAAUAUCAAAUACGGAGAUAAGAUCCCUGCAUUCUACAUGGAUUAUUUGAAACAUUCUGGUAAGUUCUAA